AUUUCCUCUCUACUCUUCUCUUCUUCUCUCACUCUCUCUGAUUAUGGAUUAGACUUAAAAACAAAAAUUACUUCAAUUUUUUAAUUUUUUUUCUCUGAUUUACCCCUAAAACCCUCAAUCUUAUACACACUCACUCACUGGCCAAGCCAACUUCUAGAAGCUUCUAUUAACCGGCGGGUGAUCCCGACACCGGCCGCGAUCUACGGAGCUGAUUCGGAAUUCAACAAGUAAAUUAUUAUCAAUUUCGCCGGUUUCACGUGGAACUGGAAGCAGCUGAUCAUGCUUGGUUAAUUUUUGUUUUGCAGGUGUCAACAAUCAGCAGAAUGUAGAAUUUCAUUCAAGCUAGCAGUAAUUUUGCAGUAGCAGCAGCACCUUGAGUUGGUCGCGUUAUGUUUCUGGCGUAAAUUUCACAAUUUAGAAAUGGUUUCAUCAGGGGAGCAUUCAGACGAAUUUGAUUCUGAUGAAUUGCAGAAAAAACGGAGCCUUGAUAAUGGCUCGGACACUAUUCAACAGAAUGAUGAUAACGGAAAUCAUGUAUCAAAAGAUCAAGAGGGAGUUGCUCCUGUGACCCCGGAGAAAAUUUUGCAGGGUCCCGAUACUUCAGCUGGGUUCCACAUAUCGCAGCUGGAUAAAGAAGGAAGCAUCUCCUCGAUAAUACCGAGUAAAGAGAAAUCACAGACCCAUGGAAAUAGUUCUAGUGUUAACCAAUGUGGUCAGGAUGGAAGAAGUCCUAUUAUGCGUGAAAAAGUGUUGGAGGAUGGAUAUCAUUGGCGAAAAUACGGGCAGAAAUUUGUGAAAGGAAAUGAAAUCAUAAGAAGCUAUUACAAAUGUACGCAUCCAAACUGUCUAGUUAAAAAGCAAUUGGAGCGUACACAUGAUGGUCAGGUUGUGGAUGUUGUUUACUUUGGUCCGCAUGAUCAUCCUAAACCUGAAAAUAAUCUUCCACUUGCUGUUAGCUUUGUUUCGUCUGUUGUUGAUGAAAGAGCAGCUCAACCUUUAUUAACUGUCAAGCAAGAAGAUCAUGUACCUCACCUACCUAAUAGGAUGAGUGACCCUCAGAUUUCAACUGUUGCAUCAAGUGAGAAUGUGAAACGAGAAUCUACUUUGACAAGAGAUGAGGUUGAUAAUGACGAUGCUCUCCGCUCAAAAAGGCAGAAGAAAGGCUCCCAUAAUGUUGAACCUACUCCUUUAGAUAAGCCAAGUGGUGAACCACGUGUCGUAGUUCAAACACUAAGCUUGGUUGAUAUUGUGAAUGAUGGGUACCGUUGGCGUAAAUAUGGACAGAAAAUGGUUAAAGGCAAUCCAAAUCCAAGGAGCUACUACAGGUGCUCAAGUCCCAGUUGCCCUGUUAAAAAACAUGUAGAGAGGGCGUCUCAUGACUCAAAAGUGGUUAUAACGAGUUAUGAGGGAAAACACGAUCACGAUAUGCCUGCUUCAAGGACAGUAACUCUUAAUGCAACUAGUGUGCAUAGCGGUAAUUCAGGAACUAAAUCAGGCGGAAAUGACGGGGUUGUCCAAUCUUGUGGAAACUCGAAGGAGCAAGCCAGUGAGUCGAUAAAUCAAGCUAAAGGAAGUCAUUCCGGUGGCUCAGAAAUUGUUGUCUAUUCUGGUUUAGGUGACGAUAACAAAUCAAAGGAGUUGCAUAACGGCAAGCCAAGUUCAGUUUCUGAGGCUAUAUCAAAUAUGGAACACGACGGGGAAUCAAUAACUGAACCGAAAGUGAACUACGCUCCGUGUGGUGUUCGAUCUAUUGCUCCAGGUGCGGAGAGUAAUUCAAAUGAACAACACAUACCAAAUGCAGAGGCUGUUAAAAGCUAAUUUAAAUAGAUUAAUUUAGAUGGGAUAUACAUAAGCUGUGUAAAUUAUUACAAUUGAUCAAAUAAUCUCGACAGUUGUAUAGUGUUUGAGAUAUCUAAUAUAUGACAAUUUUAUUUUGACA